GACAUUUUCUUCAGUUGACAAAACAAUAGUUUGAAUUUUGAAUGUUAUGACCGAAUUUGCACUGUGAAUUAUUGAUAUUAAGACGACACACCUGCUAUAUUUAUUUCAUAAUUUAUGAAUUUAUCACAAUGGAGACCACCACAUCAAUUAAACCAAAGACUUUAGCCGAAUUAUUGCCAGGACUUAGUGGUAUAAUAACGAAGGAUGCAAUGCAGACCUUAACCGCUAGAAAGAAACCCCGCUCUAUGGCACAAACAAGUACUGCUGAGAAGGUUAUGAAACCGCUCACUAUUGCUGAAAUGAGAGCGGAAAUACUAGCAUUGAAGGUGAGGUCUCCAAAAAGGCCUGUUCAGGCUAUGACUUCAGCAAAGAAACGGAACUGGAACUCAUCAGUAAAAGUUGAUAACAAAAAAAUAAGUCAUACAGCCAAUGGUCAGAUGAAACAUGAUUCUGUACGAAAAGUACUUAAUUUUCAACCAAAACCAAAAGCAGUAUCAAAUCCAACACCAGUGGAAACCCCAAAGUUCCCCAAACUAGAAUUUAAACAGAAAAAAUCUACUCUUUUACAAGCAAAUAACAAUUUAAGAAUAAGUGGUAUUUGUAAAAUACCAGAAACACCCCUAAUCUCCACAGAACCAAUAAGACAAAUGAAGAGUAUUGCUAACAAAGAGAACAUACUAAACCCUCAAAGAUUAACAAAUAUUAACAAGAAGCUAAACAAUCCCACAAUAGUUAAUCACAAAUUUGUUGUACCUGAAGUGAUGGACACUCCAAAGUCCAACGAGUCUUGGAAAUCCAGUUGUGAUGCAAGUUUCCUUAUGAAAGAGAAAGAAAUACAUGAUGUUGAGGAAAUAACGAAGGCUUUGUGUCAAGAACAGAUAUUGGAAAACAUUGCUGAAGUAUCACCUCCUGUUUCGACCCCUUUCAAAGAAUACAGAAAUGUCAAAGAAUACUUCAAUAAUUCAAGUGAACAGGCGGAAAAUUCAGCUUCCUUCAAUGAUACUAUCAUGUGUUUUGAGAAGCCAUGUCUUAAAAAUGAGAAUAAUGAAAGAGAGGAGAGUGUGAUAGUGUCAUUAUGCAACAUGCUCAACAAGGCUACAGCCAUCGAACCAGAAAAUACCAGUACAGAACUUCAACGUCUGUUGGAAGUAAAGAAACAGACUGAACUAAAUAUACGAAUGAUCGAAAAUGGUAUUCAAACUCUGGAUAAUAUAAAAAAGUCACAUUUAAAAUCUUUGGAAUAUAUUACGAAAUUGUUAAAAGAAAAACAGAAUGGUCAUACUAUAACUGAUUCUCACUGUAAUAACACUUUAACAGAAUUAACAAAAGAAACAGCCAAAUUGACUAUAGAACAAAGUCCUGGAAACAGUGUGAUAGUAAAGUCGGGAUCCACUAAAUCACCUAUAUAUAAGAUACCUAAAAAAAACCAGUGUUUGAGGAAAAAGGUGUUCUACAAAUCAAUGCCCAAUGUCUCAAAUUCAUUUGCUUUAACACCAGAUAAAAAAUUAAAGGACAAAGCAUUAAGUGUCUAUAUGGAAAUGAAAGAGCACAUGAAUUUUUUGAACACACCUGUUACAAAAAAAAAUAACCCUGAAGUCCUAGACACCCCUAUGGUUACUUCACAUAACUUACAGAGACAAUUAGACAAAUUAUACACUGAAAAUUGAUAGGAAUAUUUAAAAAAAUUAAUUAAUAGUUAAAUUAUGAUAGAAAUUAUAUAGAAUCGGAACUAAUGUAUUUGAGUCGUCUAUUAUCAAAGGUGGCAAUUGCAUUUGGACAAAAAAAUGUUAUUGAUAUGUCAAUACAGAUUGAUUUGAAUAUAAUCGUCUCCUUCAAAGAAUAUGGUUCAAAACCUGCAUUAAAUAAAGAUUAAUAGUUAACCUGUAAUUUAUCUAAGAUGUCGUUCCGAAGAGUUUUGUGACUGCCAAUGGAAUACAAAGUCAAUAAUUCGUUUUUCUGAUUUACCAAUAAUUAUCCAAGUCAGAUUGCCGGCUUUGAUAAUAGUCGACUCAUUUAAGAGCAGUUUAUGUUAAUUUAUGCAGAAAAUAAUGAGUUCAGUCUACAAAUUUAGCUUUCUUAGUAAUCAUGUUGAGGAUAAUAUAAAAAUAUUGCUACAGGUUGGCAUAUAUAGGGUUGUAUAUGAAUACUUAUAGUAUAGCUAAUUUGGCAUUAAUCUGUGGUAGUUGUGUCAGGGCCAUACAUUAGAAAUAAAUUACUCGCUUUUUACUAAUUGUAAUCGGUAUAGACAAUGCAAUAAGUUACUACUAACGGCAGUUUAAACACCAAUCAAUAAGGAAAAAAACACUUUUUGUUUGACACAAAUAAUUCCACGACAGGAAGAGGGUAGAAAGAUUACGAUAGGUUUUUCUAACAAUAGCUUUUGCCAAGUGGCUAGCGACAUCAUAGGAACUUAUCAUUAAGUAAAUUACGACAAUAAUAAUAAUACAGUAAUAAAAAUGAACACGUAAAAGUUUUCAAUCAAUUCCCCAAAACAAUUCGCAAUAAAGCAUUGUACGUGUAUGGAUUGGUCAUUAAAGUUCAGGUUCAUUUAAAGACGAGCACUACUUCGCUUAUUCUGGCCAUUUAGUAUCUUUAAUAAAGACCUCUAGACAAAAUGUGACCAAAGUCCCAUCGCGCAAGACAUUGCCGAUCAGAAAUGGCGUUGGAUAAGACAUACUCUACGACGCGGCGACGCAGCGGAGUCUACGCAGUAUCAAUCGCGUUUGACUGGCAACUACGUGCGAGGACAAGACCUGGUCGUCCUCUACACAAACCGUGGAGAGCGAAAUUUCGUCUGCCGGUAUGACCUGUAGUGAUUUCAAGGAGCAAGCGCAAAACAGGAUCAAGUGGAGACAACUUGUGAGGGUCCUAUGUACCAACCAAACAAACCAAUCUACCUAACCAAACCUAUGUACCUUUUUUUUCGGGCCGGGUCAAACCUCCUACGAGAUUCUCGCGCCUAGGGGCGCGCGAGGUUUGUGGGACUUGACGAUCUGCUGAUGUUGGAAGCAGACCGCGGGAACAAUAAUGUUUUAGGGCCCUACCGCACUAAACGACUCCCCUGCACUUUUACACCCGACGUCCGAUUUCCGCGCGGGGUCAGGACCCGGUCAGAGUAAGGGGUUUCCCGCGAUCAACACUACAACCAGGCUCGCGGCGCCACCCUAAGGACGCCCGACUGACGGGUCGUCGAGGCGAUAGUCGACGACCAACGACGUCGCCAUCUCAUCCCCACCAAUUCAACAGACAACAUUCACAUCGCCCAUAAUAUGGAUCCUUCACAUACGACUAACUAUUGAGACCUUAGAACAUACAUCUCAAGGUGGGUGGCGCAUUUACGCUGUAGAUGUUUAUGGGCUCCAGUAACCACUUAACACCAGUUGGGCUGUGAGAUCGUCCACCCAUCAAAAAAAGCAAUAAAAAUAAAAAAUACGAGAGGAAGAAUUUGUUCGUGGGAAAAUCGUGCUAUAUCCGGGAGUGUCCAUGCGGCCUUCCUUAAUCUCACGGAGUUUAGCGGUGUGAUUGUAGAAAUUCUUGCACCUUGCCUCAUUAAACACAAGGCAAUGUCUUAUUAGACACAAUCAUGGCCUGCAGAAAAGCAGGGGAACUAUAUUCUCUGGCGGGGUUGUCGGCUUCUGCCGAAGAAAAGAAUCCGGGCCCUGACAAAAUGUGGGCAUGAGGGUUAUCUCACACUUGUGGAGAGGGGGGCUUAUUUGACCCCAGAAAAUGCUAAUAAGCUCUAUUACAGGCUAGUUAUAUUGAAGUUGAGAGUGAUGGGUGAACCAAUGCCACCUCCUAGUGUCAAAACUUAUUCAAACUAUCUUGAAUAUGUACAAGGACUGCCCUGUGUUGUCUCUCGGCAUAUGCCUCAUCGAGUGGUUUAUAUAGAGGAAGAGUCUGUAAGUUAUAUACAAGCCAUAUCCAGCACCCAGUCCAGGUAUUGUGCUUUUCUCAUCUUCUUCAGAUUCACAGUCAACUACCUUGGGAGCAAAGACCUCAGCGUACACCAUACAGAUGGCACUUCCCUACCACUACACAGUUGGAAUGCUUUAAUGCAACUAUGCACCCUGCAGAGUUGGUGUAUAGGUGAGUAUCUGAAGAUUUCAAGACUUGUCACAUUGGGUGAUUAUGAAGGGAUGCUCUUUAAUGCUAUUCAGCAUAUCAUCAACAAAACUGCUUUUCCCCACAGAGAGAGAGCAGAUGUCUCCACCAAGAUUUGGGAAAGAGGUUCCCUAGCCUAUGCCACAGAUCCAUGCCUCAACAAUUUGGAUCUGGAAAGUUUCCUUGCUAAUAUAACGCGUUCGGGGGAACAAUUGAUAGAGGGAGUCUUGAUGGAGUUGGCUCCGGACCUACUUUGUAUUUGUACGCUUACAUGCCAUCGUUGGAAGUCAGAACGACGCUCCUUACGAACAUCGUGGAUGGAGUCAUCUGUGACGUCUUCCUCACGCCCUGCAACUUCAACAACAUGCCCUCUGAUCAUAGCAGUCACUGACUGGCCUACUCGUGCGUUAUACCACCUUUGCCUAUCGACGAACACCCGGAGGGAUCACAAUGGAUGCUCUUUGCAAAGAAUCCACGUAAUCUGGUGAACAAGACUUUCGACUAGUGAAGAAACCUAUAUAUCUAACCUAACCUACCUAAGAACACUUCAAAGAUUGUUUGAACGUACCUAUUAUUCCAGAGUUGUCGGUUUGUUCGAAAAUUUUUACGUGCAAUCGAGAAGUUUGCGGGCCAUUUCGACCUAAUAAGGUGUAGCUUAUCGUAACGAAUUCUCAAAAAAGAAUGGCAGUUUAACGAUAAUUUUGCAUUAUUCUGAUAUGAAUAUUUCAUCAGUGAUUGUAUAUAUGGACUAGUGACAAACUAGAGCCUCUGUACAUAUAGAUAUAAAUUAAAUUAAAUUAUUAUUAUAGGCACGUAAAAUAUUUAAAGAGAAAAUAUACCGUACUUUUGUUAAUAAUCUAAUGGUUUCUAAAACAUUUUAAGAAAAUUAAUAAAUAUAUUCUAAUUUA